AUGGCCUCCUACGGGCUUCUGGGCCAGCCAGAAGAAGCCGUCACAGACGCCCUCCACAAGUCGCGCCUACUAAACGUCGAAGAAAAACCUUUCAAGCGCAUCUCCAAACGCCUUCUGAACCCCGACUCGCUCAUCAUCUCCAACGUUUCCCUUCCACUCACUCCUCCGCCCGAUGAAUCCGACCCCGACGCGGCCGUUGCCCCGGAAGCCAAAAGACAAAAGCGACUUGAAGAAUGGCGCACGUUUCGCGAAGAUGUGGCCCUCGACUUUGCCGCCUUCGAAGGUAGCAUUGCUCGAGUUCAGUUCCUCCUCAACAGCAACGAAGAGGAGCGGCGACGGUACGCGACAGAGAAGCUGGCCAUCCUGGACACGAUGCAUUCGGUCCGCGAAAACACAACCGAGCUUCGCACCCAACUAGAGGACGCACAAAGGUUGCUUGCACUGCGCAAGAGCUAUGAUGAUCUGGCGGACAAGAUUACCAGCAACCGGCUCCUGAAGCCGCGCGAAGAUCAGCAGGCAAAUCUGCAGAAGUUACAAGUGGAGAUUACCGAGCUGGAGAAGGAGAGCAAGGACUACGCGACGACGUGGGCGGAGCGGAGAGAGCAAUUCGGCCGCAUUGUGGAGGAGGGAAUGCAACUACGGCGCUUGAUUCGCGAUGAGAAGGAAGAGGUCGAGCGGCGGGAAGGCAUGCAGGAGGGCGAGGAUGGAGAUGAAGGCGAUGCUGCCUCAAAGGGCAAGCUCAGUGCCACCAACAGUCCCCUCCCCGAGACUGAGAGUAUGACCCCUUCCCAGCACAGCCAAGACGAGAGCGGUCGGUUACAAGUCGACAGGACAUCCGGUCCUACGGGAGCCACAUCUCCUCUCCGGCAGGCAAUCAGUGCAGAGAGUGUUAAAGGCUCUACCGACCAGGAGGAUAUCAACAUGGUGGACGAUGGUGAGGUCACAGCCGACGACGCAGGAGAUCAAUCAGACGAUCUCGAGGAAGGGGAAGAGCUGCCUGACGAGAAGAUGGAUACUACAUGA